CUUUUCCCCAGAGAGAGAAAGAUACAGAAGUGAGAGUGAGAUAUCAAUGCUCUGCAAAUCUGCCAAUCUUACGUGUUUCAGAGCGCUUUUAAUUUCAUUGAUCGAGAAAUAAAGAGAGAUGGACAGGUCUUGGUUUUCGCGAAUAUUAUAUUGAAAUGAUUUUGGGAUUUUCUUCCUACCCUUUAUCUCCUUCGUCCUUUUCGUCUUCCUCGUUGGCAUUUGCGCAUCCGUUUUUGGUUUUUCCCUAGAGAAAUCUGCUCCGGCCUGUUCCUGAGCCAGUGAAGAAGCAAAACGAAGGGAAGGGAUUGUUAGCGGAGGAGAAUUAGAAUUUCCGAUUCACGAUGGUGUUGGGAUGGAGGCGGCCUUUCUGUGCAUCGAUCCCCAGAGAUCUCGAUUCCAUGGAACAAGCGCAGCAUACUACGCCUCAACCGAGUCCUAGAUUCGGGUCCAAGUUCGGGUUCUUCUCGAAUCCUUCGACGCCGCGGAUGCACCACUCUCAACCGCCUGCGUCUACGCCGUCUCUCCGUUGCCGGACUACAGUGACUCCGCCUGCCGACAGUCCGAAACACCAGUCUAAGAGCCCCAGAUUCUUCCACCGCUCGCAGCCUUCUUCUCCUCGUUCUCCUUCCCCCUUUUCUCUCCUCAAAUCUAGCCUCCGUCUCUCUAAGAGCAGGUGUGGGAUAUGUUCAAGGACGGUGAAGUCCGGGCAAGGGACGGCCAUUUUCACGGCGGAAUGCUCUCAUAGCUUUCACUUCCCCUGCGUUGCUGCACAUGUGAAGAAACAAGGAAGCCUCAUAUGCCCCAUUUGCUGCUCAAUUUGGAACGAGCUGCCCGUGUUGUCUCUACACGAUGACGAGAUGAAGAUACUGGAAGUGGAAAUGGAAGAGAGAACGAUCCGACAAGUCACGCCCAAAGGAAUGAAGGAUGUUCGUGUAAAAAGUGAAGCUAAUGAUAAGCAGCGCCCAAAGGGUAGAGCGAUUUUGAAGGUCUACAAUGAUGAUGAACCACUUAUGUCUCCCACUUCUGGAGCACGUUUUAACCCUAUACCUGAAUCUGAUGAAGAGAAUGAGGAAUUUCAGGGAUUUUUCUAUGAAAAAACCAGUCCAGUGAUGCACACGCCUGCUGCGGCGGUGUCCAACAACGUGGAAGCCACGCUGUUGCCUGAGGCGGCUGUGGUUUCAGUUGGCAGGAGUCACGAAACUCAUGCGGUGGUUCUGCGACUCAGAGCUCCGCCGGCAUCGCCGGUGACUUCUCGGAAAGCUCCGAUUGAUCUGGUGGCGGUGCUAGAUGUUAGCGGGAAGAUGACAACCGAUAGCAUCCAAGUAAUGAGACGCGCUAUGAGAUUGGUGGUUUCCUCACUCUCUGCAACAGACAGGCUCUCUAUCGUGGCCUUCUCUGCAACUUCAAAGCGUUUACUGCCGCUGCGAAGAAUGACGACGAGCGGCCGGCGGUCUGCGCGGCGUAUAGUGGAUGCGAUGGUUUCUCUCGGUGGAGCGGCGAGUGCAAUCGACGCUCUCAAAAAAGCUGCGAAGGUUCUGGAAGACCGCCGCGAGAGAAACUCUGCCGCCAGCAUCCUUCUCCUUUCAGACUGCCAUUACGAGCAGUUAGCCGCCAGCUCAGUGUACCAGAGACCUCAAUCUCCGGUGAUUUCGUCCUCCAAGUUAUUCGGCCAAAACGAGAUUCCCGUAUAUUCCGUCGCAUUGAAUGAUGCAGCUGGGUUCGGAUCCGGGUCAACAGAAGACGGACUGACAAAGUGCAUUGGCGGGUUACUAAACGUCGUCGCGCAUGACCUUCGCGUUGAGCUCAGAUUUGUCUCCGGUUCCGCUCCGGCGGAAGUCGCCGCAGUUUACUCAAACGGCACCCGGCCAGUUUCACACGGGUCGGGUCAGAUCCGGCUAGGAGAUUUUUACGCAGAGGAGGAGAGAGGAUUGAUGGUGGAACUGAAAGUCCCAUCAUCCGCCAUUGGGGCCCACCACGCGCUGUCCAUUCGAUCCGUUUACAAAGACCCGUCAACUCAAGACCUCAUCCAUUGCAAGGAACAAGCUUUGCUGGUCCCGCGAGCCCACGCCGUUAGAUCCUCAACUGAAAACAUCAGACGGCUGAGAAACCUCUUCGUAUCGACGCGGGCCGUAGCCGAGUCCCGGAGAUUAGCCGAGCGUAGCGACUUCACCGGCGCGCGGCGCAUGCUCUCUUCGGCUCGGGCUUUGUUAAUGCAGUCAAACUCCGGUCAGGCGGACGAUCUGAUCACCGGCUUGGAAGCCGAGCUGUCGGAGCUGCAUAGAACCAGACAGAACCAGAUCCAACGGCGCGGAAGGGAUGAAGAGAAAGCCGAGCCCCUGACGCCAACAUCGGCUUGGCGAGCCGCGGAAAUGCUUGCAAAAGUAGCUAUGAUGAGGAAGUCGUUGAAUAGAGUCAGCGACUUACACGGCUUCGAGGACGCCAGAUUUUAGAAUUUUUUUUCUGCCGUUGGAAUCCCACCCUCACCCCGCACCCACCCACCCCACCUCAAUUUCUCCCCAUUCAAAAUUAUUAAUGGAAUGUUAAUUUGUACUAGAGUAAGAGAUUGAAGACUAAAAUAAUGUAAUUUAGAAAAGAGUGGGACCCAAAUUGCGCAUAUAAAUACAAUAGGGUCACGACCAAAACAGUUACUCGGGCUGUGUCUGCGAGUUAUGAUUGAUUGAUUGAUUUGGGGCAGUGAGGAGGGGAGGGGCUCUCCAAUUUGUCUUUAUUUCACUAUUUUAUUCUACUCUUAUUUUUAAUCAAUUUCAGUUCCUUCUGUUCAUUUAUGGAAUCUUAUACUCCAUGUUCAUAUUCUAUGGGGUUGAACAGAAGAGGGCAAUACCCUAUUCAAUUAUUCAAUUCGUUAAGUGUUAGAGCUAUAUUCUGAUUAUUCUCUAUCCAUCAAGGCCAAUGGCUCAUUAUGUCAAUU